CUUACAUUUUCAAAAGUAGUGCUUCAAAACAAUAACUUUGGUAUGGUAUGCAACAUUUCAGGACACUGUAAUAGACUUUCAAAGGCUGAAAUGGAGAGUACAAAUGAGACAGAGGUGAAGCUGAAGUUGAUGAGUUCAGGAGCCAAGGCGAACGUGGAACUCCCUGAUCCCAAGCCCCAGGACAGGGGCAAGUGGGGCAGCAAAACGGAGUUCUUAUUGGCAGUAGCUGGACACAUUGUCGGUCUGGGAAAUGUAUGGAGGUUCCCAUACUUGUGCUAUAAAAAUGGAGGAGGGGUUUUCUUUGUCCCCUAUAUUUUGUUCCUGUUCACCUGCGGUAUUCCCCUCUUCUUCCUGGAGAUAUCAUUGGGCCAGUACACUAGUCAGGGUGGAAUCACUUGCUGGAGGAAAAUCUGCCCACUCUUUGAAGGCCUGGGCUAUGGAAGCCAAGUGGUGGUUUUGUACACUGGAGUGUAUUACAUCAUCAUUCUGGCUUGGGCGUUCCUAUACCUCUUCUCUUCCUUCAGCUUAGAACUCCCAUGGGCCAGUUGUAAAAACAGUUGGAACACAGACAACUGUUUUGAGCCUGGCCAGAACAGCACAAUUUCUUCCCAUUCUCAUGGGAACACUACAUCCUCAGUCAUAGAAUUUUGGGAGAGAAGAAUAUUGGGCUUGUCUGGGGGAAUUGAAGAGGUUGGGAGUGUUCGCUGGGACCUAGCUCUGUGUCUUCUACUGUCCUGGAUUAUCUGUUACUUCUGUGUCUGGAAAGGAGUGAAGUCUACUGGAAAGGUGGUCUAUUUCACUGCCACCUUCCCCUAUGUGAUGCUGUUGGUGUUGCUAGUUCGUGGACUCACACUGCCAGGGGCCAUAGAUGGUAUCAAGUUCUACCUCUACCCAGACCCAGCCCGCCUCGCUGACCCACAGGUAUGGAUGGAUGCUGGAAGCCAGAUAUUUUACUCCUAUGGAGUUUGUACAGGGGUUUUGACAUCUUUAGGCAGCUACAACAAGUACAACAACAACUGCUACAGGGACUGUGUGUAUCUUUGUCUACUAAACAGUGUGACUAGCUUUGUGGCUGGUUUUGCCAUCUUCUCUGUACUGGGCUUCAUGGCUUAUGAACAGGGUAUAGACAUCUCAAUGGUGGCUGAAUCAGGUCCUGGCCUGGCGUUCAUCGCCUACCCUCGUGCUGUGGCCAUGAUGCCAGUACCCCAACUCUGGGCCAUCUUCUUCUACGUCAUGAUCCUCCUACUGGGGUUAGACAGUGAGUUUGUAUAUCACGAUGCCAUGGUCACAGCGAUCUCAGACAUGUACCCCGCUUUCUUCCACGUGGGCCAUCUGCGGAAAAAACUUCUCCUGCUUGGCAUCAGUGUGUGCAGCUUCCUGGUUGGCCUGCUAAUGGUCACAGAGGGUGGCCUGUAUGUGUUUCAGCUGUUUGAUUACUAUGCCUGCAGUGGGAUGACACUCCUGGUCUUUGCUAGUCUCCAGGCCAUCUGUGUUGGGUGGUGUUAUGGUGCGGAGCGGCUGUAUGAUAAUAUUGAGGACAUGAUUGGCUAUCGACCUUGGCCAUUCAUGAAGUACUGUUGGAUGUACAUCACACCUGUGAUAUGCAUAGGUACGCUUGUCUUCUCCCUGGUCAAGUAUACCCCCCUCAAGUUCAACAACACUUAUGAGUACCCCUGGUGGGGCUACGCCAUUGGUGGAUUCUUCACUCUCUCCUCGACGUUACUGGUACCUCUCUGGAUGCUGUACAAGAUGAGUGUCACCGCUGGUUCACUGCGGCAGAGAAUGAAAGUGUUAACCAGUCCAGCAGAGGAUCUACCCAAACCCAUGUCACAGAAGGAGGCCCUCAACCCAUCCGAAGUGUUUCAGACGUUCACAGAACUUUGCACAUUACGGACACCAAACCAAACCCCUACAGUCGCCAGCUCCCAGCUGAGUGCAGCACCAGCACAGACAGUGCCCAUUAACACCUUGAACAUGGAAACUUAAAAGAACCCAUGGUGUAGUGGGAAACAUUUGUCUCUUUGCACAUGAAC